AUGACCAGCGAUGACAGGAGCUUCUGUCAAAACUAUUAUUUUUGGAUUUUGAAAAGGGAAAAUUAAUUCGACACUACACUCGUGUAUAUAUAAAUUACAAUUCUAAUGUGAUAUUUCGUCAUACUUAUUCAGAGAUUAUGUUCGCAAUACUUAAUCAGUACAAUCAUCAUGAUAUUUGUUUUUAGUCGUCUUUUCACCACUCCAGUACUGUAAGUGGUGAGGUUAUACAAAGAAAGAGUUGAAAAAACAAUUCUAAUCUGUUGAUCGUAAAUUAUAGUUUUUCAUUUUUGUUAAUUAGCAUACAGUGUAUGUCCCAAAAUUUAUUUUAAAAAUUUAAAUUAAUUUUCGCGUUACUCAAAUAAUGACCGAACAACAAAGCGAAUUGGUAAAAAUCCAACCGAAAACCGAAUGUAGUGCAAAUAAUCGAUGGUUUUUGAGUUGGCUUAAUUGGACUGGCAUUACAUCUUCGGGAACGAUGCUACGAACGGCUGAAAAAAGGAUUCUAUCCUUUUUGAAAACGGCAUACAGAGGCUUUUACGUUGACAUCGGACCAGUUGUUGGUGAAGCAGAUAAAAUAUGGACAAUUUCGUUAAAUUCAGAAUCGCCAAAGACACCAUUGGUUAUGCUGCACGGCAUGGGAGCUGGUGUUGCGUUUUGGGUUUUGAAUUUGGAUUCAUUGGCUGUGAAUCGACCAGUUUAUGCGAUCGAUAUAUUAGGUUUCGGUAGAAGCUCCCGUCCAACAUUCACCCAAGAUGCCGUCGUCGCUGAGAAUCAAUUAGUGAAAUCAAUAGAAGAAUGGCGCCGUGAAAUGAACAUUCAACAAAUGAUCUUAUUGGGUCAUUCGAUGGGUGGAUUCUUAGCCACUAGUUACACAAUCUCAUACCCAGAUCGAGUAAAGCAUCUGAUACUGGCCGACCCGUGGGGCUUUCAAGAGAAACCGAAAGAAAUCAAAGCGCCAUUAUGGAUUCGAGCCAUUGGCACAAUGAUAGCACCACUGAAUCCAUUAUGGGCUCUAAGAGCUGCCGGUCCCUACGGUCAAUGGGUCGUGGAAAAGACGAGACCGGACAUCAUUCGAAAAUUCACCGAAGUUAUUGAAGGUGAUGAGGAAAAUGUUAAUGUGGUCGCACAGUACAUACAUCAAUGUAACGCACAGAGUCCAACCGGUGAAAGUGCUUUUCAUUCGAUGAUGCAUGGUUUUGGUUGGGCAAAACAUCCGAUGUUGGGACGAAUGCACGAAGUCAGACAUGACAAAGCCAUUACUUUACUGUACGGCUCCAGAUCAUGGAUAGAUAAAUCAUCUUGGGACUUGCUUAAAGCUGCUCGAGAAUCAAAUUAUGUGAAUGUGCAGGUCAUUUCCGGUGCUGGUCAUCACGUUUUCGCGGAUAAGCCGGAAUUGUUCAAUCGUUUUGUGAACGAAGCUUGUGCGUUCAGCGACAGCGAUGCUUUGACUUCAAAUUCUCCGAGUGCUACGGAACCAACCGAUGAAACUACAGUCGAUGGUGAAGACAUCAAUAACGGUUCCGGUGAGACGAAUCAACCAGCGACAAAUAUCGUAAACGAUAAAAAUUUUGUGAAGACAUCGACGUAAAUAUUGAACGUCGCAAAUGAGAUUGCAUCCAACGCUUUAUUUUCGUUAAAAUAAGUCAAUCACGUGCUGUAUUAUAGAUUUAGAGUUUAUUUAUGUAAAUAAAUUAAGAAUUACAUUUUU